CCCAGGCAAACCGGCGGACUAUAAGAGGCCUGUGGUCUACUCGCCCAGCUGCCCGGCUUCGAGUCUUCUGCACCUGCACUUCGUCACAAUGAGGACAUCCACCUUCACCGCGCUCCUGACCUCGCUCGCCCUUGCCGUCACGGCAGCCCCUGCCACGGCGGCUGCGGACGAGCAGCCGGUCUCAUACACGGGCUACCAGGUCUUCCGCGUCAAGACGCACGGCCGCGCAGCCGAGGUGCAGGACAAGCUGAGCAGCCUCAACUACGACGAAUGGCACCACGAUUUCCAGACCGUCGACGUUGUCGUCGGCCCCAGCGAGGUCGAUGCCUUCAAGGCUCUGCAGCUCGACUACGUAGUCAUGCACGAGGAUCUAGGCUCUUCCAUCGACGCCGAGGCCGUCACGACGAGCCAGUGGAAGAGCAAGAGCAAGCGCCAGCUCGACGAUGACUCGUGGUUCGACGCCUACCACAACUACGAGGACCACAUCCAGUACUUCCGCAGCCUCCAGUCUGCAUUUGCCAACAACUCGGAGCUUGUCUCGUCGGGAAAGUCGUACCAGGGGCGCGACAUCUACGGCCUGCACCUCUGGGGCGCGGGUGGCCCCGGUAAGCCUGCUGUGCUGUACCACGGAACUGUCCACGCCAGAGAGUGGAUCGCAGCUCCGGUCGUAGAGUACAUCACCCAGCAGCUAAUCAAGAACUACAUUGCGGGAGAUCGGGAGGUCACGUCCACUCUGGACAAAUACGACUUUUACAUUUUCCCCUUUGUAAACCCUGACGGCUUCGUCUACUCCCAAGUGGCAGACCGGUUGUGGCGCAAGAACCGUCAGCCGCCGCCUACCUCGGCGCCCAACCAGACCUGCCUGGGCCGGGACAUCAACCGCAACUGGGAAUUCGGCUGGGACUCGAACCCGCUGGGCGCGUCCACCAACCCGUGCUCGCAGACGUACAAGGGCGUCGCGCCCGCCGACACGCCCGAGAACAAGGGCCUCGACACGUUUGUGCGCAAGAUCCGCGACGCCCAGGGCAUCAAGCUGUUCAUCGACUGGCACAGCUACGGGCAGUACAUCCUCUCCCCGUUUGGGUACAAGGAGACCCUGUACGCGCCCGAGCUGGGCAAGUGGACGAAAGCCGCGGCCAUGGUGAGCGAGGCGAUCCGCGACAGCGACCGCGGGGCCAACGGCGGCAAGACGUACGUCUUUGGCCCCAGCGGCGCCACGCUGUACACCACCACGGGCGCGGCGCCCGACCACGUCUACGCCACCGGGCGGGCCGAGUUCUCGUACACGAUCGAGCUCAGGGACACGGGCAACUUUGGGUUCGUGCUGCCGGCGACCGAGAUCCGGCCGACGGCGCGGGAGAACUGGGCUGGCCAGAAGGUGCUGUGGAGUCUUUUGGACGAGGUCUUCUUUGACGGCCAGGGCCCGGCUAUGUACCAGGCUGCAAUCUAAAGGAUCUUGGCGAUGGCAUGUUCACAUGGAAUGAUAUUUAACCGUGGGACAUGAGCUGGAACUUUCAACCUCAAGCCGGACAGUGAAUCGAAACGUAGAGCCUCACGAGGCGACAACUACGGCCUUU